GACAGAUCUUCUAAUGUAACAGUGAUCAUUUAUUUUUUUAUAACCCACUUGCAUUUCGAUACAAAAUAUUAGUAAUUCGUGUAGUGGUAUUACGUGAACAAGAUGAAAAUACGAGCCCACGCAUUUCGCGAACCGUGGAAUGCGACCCGCUAGCAUCGACUGGAUAUGUCGACGCGCAGCGGCGCGGGCGCGAUACGUGCGCGGCGCGGGCACAAGGAGCGCUCGAAGAACUUCACCGAGCUAGAGAAGCGGACCGUUCUCGAGCUGAUCGCGCGGCACCGGGACGUGCUGCGGCAGGGCCGCUCGAACAACGCGACCAACAGGAGCAAACAGCUAGUCUGGUCGACGAUCUGCGACGAGGUGAACAAGCGGUGCGGCGGUGAGCGGCCGCGCACGCCCGCACAGGUCAAGAUGUGGUACGAGAACUAUAAGAAGAAGUGCAAAAUGCGUGCGCACGAUACGCAUGUGGUCAAGCAACAAAGUAACGAAACGCCGGGCAUUCUCGACGGCAUGCUGUGGCAGAAUAUUCAUCCUCUUGACGUUAAAGGUGAGGACAACGACGCCACCACUAGCGCGGAGGCUCACAGCGUGAAGGAUGACGACUGUAUACCAGUUAAUAUGUCAAACGGGCGCCUCUCAACGAACGACAGCGACGACACGAUGCCAAACGUACUGGAGCCCCAAGUGCAAAUCAUCCCCCAAUCAUCCCCCAGUCCCCCCCUGAAAUCCCUCCCCAACCCCCUGAACCCCCUCCUCCCCAACCUACCCCUCCUCGCCAACCCCCUGGCGAUAGAACAAGCGCGCAUACAACAAAACUUCCUACAGAAACUAAACGAACUAUCAAACACACCAUUAAACCUCAGCCACUUGGACGACGAGAAAAGAAAUAAUCAAGACCGAAAUCACGAUAAAACAGACGAACAAAUAAAACACGACUGUGGAAGCGCUACAGAAGAAGAAAGAUUGUAUUUUACCGCGAAACGACAGCACGCUAUAUGGGAACACGAGGCGAAAAUGAAAAUUUUAAACAUGGAACUCAGGCAGAAGGAGGAAAUAUUCUCCCUCCAAAAGCAACUUUUUCUCAUCGAAUUGCGUUUGAAAAUGGACUUCCUUGAAAAGGCGAGCGCCAAAUGACGCACAGAUUGUUAAUACUUUGGGCAAAGGCUUUAUGUCAUACAGCCAAAAAAAAAGAAUUUUCUAGAAGGCGGGAAACGCAAUACCGGUUCGUUGUAGACCGCCCAAUACUAAUUAAGUUUAUAUUUUUGUAAAUGCAAAAUUUUUAGAUCCGAGUGUUGUUCGAUUUCUAGAAAAUUUGCUUUUUUAUUUAAUCCACUGGAUGGCCAGUGCUAUAAAUAUAGCGUAAGGAGGAUAAAUGGUUGUUUUAAAAGCCGCCAUAAAUACCGCCAUAGUCGAUUAAGUGCCAUUUUAAUUGUUACCGCUUUCACGCCUUUUUAUUACUCUUUAUUAUUUGCUCUGUGACGUUUUACGUUUUUAAUUCGUAAUUCAAAUUGUAAAGAACGUUAUUGGAAAGAGAUUUUGUAGUUUGUGGCGUUAGGUUUUGUUCCAUUUUUGAAAUGUGAAUAAACCAUAGAGUAUGUAUAUUAUUUAUGAAGGUAAGGUUGUUAGUAUUUUUGGUACAAUUUGCUUGUAAUAUACAAUGUGAUUGUGCCAAAGUGGGUUUUGAAAUGUGAUCAUAAAGAGAUAGUUUUAUUAUUUUUGUAUUCGUUAUUUCGCAUAGCUUAUUUUGUAUUUUUUUUUAGUUUUAGUACAUAAAAUGUGCUUAGUGCCGUUAGGUUCUCUUUAAGUAUUAUAUAUUUUCUUCGAUGGCAGCUGAUCGCGCAAAUGGAAACUGCCAAAUGUAUAGAAUUUCGCAUUGUUAUUUUUUACGAUUUUUUUUAGUACUUAGUCGAGUCCAAUGGAGUUUACAGUUUAGAUAAUAUGUUUCCCGCGUGCGCGGGGGUCAAUGUACUUUUGACGUUAAACGAAAUGAAAUAACCUAGUCUUAAUAGGAUUUUAAUAUUUUUAUGUAGUUACGGAAAUACAGAUAAUAAAUGCAUCGAUUUUUGUCGUCCUGGCAACAUUAGAAGAUUCUAAUUUUGCGUGGUGACCAUAAAAUAAGAUAAAGUUUUACUAGCUUUAAAAAAAUGCGUUUGAUUUAUAUAUCUAUAGAUAUAAUUGUUCGUAACGCAUUUAAUGUAUAUAGAUUACAAAGAUGCAAAAAAGUUACCAACAUUAAAAAAUAUAUUUUUUUGUGUUUGCAUUGUAGUAUACUAAUAUGUCAUAAUAAUUUUCGUAACUAUAUAAAAAUCAAUUAUCAAGUCAACAACGUGCCAACAAAACAACAUUUGUUAUUAAAUAUAUAGUUAUUACAUGUAUAAGAUAUUAUUAGACUUUAAAAAUUAAUAAAUACGUAAAUUAGACAAAUACGAAAGAUCAAAAUUUGUAACAAUAUGAUAUUAUAUUAUUUAAGCGAGUUGUAAAGAGAAGUACAAAAAUUCAAUCAAUAAUACCUCAUUGUGAACAGUGUAUUGUAAAUAAAUAAUAGUAGAUAUUAAAAAUAAAUUUUAGACGUGUUUUUUAUGGGACUUACAGUUUUGUGAUCAAAUGUUGCCAGGUGUGAAAAUUAAAACUCAAUAAAUAUUUGUUUUUACCGAUUUUUUUUAUAAAGACGUUACUUAAUUCUGGCAACACUGUCAAGGCAAAUUUUAUAUUGUGAUGUAUUUUAUAAGAUCUCAAUAGAAGGAAAUGAAAUUAUCUACAUAAUAUUUUAGUAUCAAGAAUUGUUUGGAUACGAUUUUAUGUUAAUCUGAUGAAAUUGGAUAUUAGGUAUUGAUAUUGAAUAAAGAAUUUAUUUUUUUGUUCUGA